GGCAAUUAGAGUUCUUAGUAAUACGGCAUGACAAAGCCCCCGUGCCCACCAGCCACUACUUUGCCAACACGGCGACAUCAGUCGAGCUUGGCACAGAUAUUUAGCGGGUUGCUAAUUCGGCCUUGGCCAUUCCAACGUCAACUGCUGCCGUUGUGCGGCACCAAAUAAUACCCAUGACCACCGUUUUGAUUGUCUGCCUCGGAGGAUUGCAUCGGCUGAUCAUGAUCAUGGUCAGGAUGUUUUAUGGACCACGGGCUCUGGCGGGGUCGACCGCCGUGCCGCAAGCCACCGGCAGAGGCAGGCCGCAGACCUUGAGUGGGGGACGUACGAUACUCCGCCCACCCCUUCUCGGUUCUGGCUGCACUGGCGCCAACAACAAAGCCUGCCACACGGAAGUCCGGGUGAAUACAAUGGCUCAAAAUGUGGUCGCGACUUAAGUUCCUGCUGAGUGCGAGUUGAACUGGUAAGGGCAAUGGUGAGGAUGAGAGCGUAAUCCUACGUAAUUGAGGAUCCUGUG